AUGAUGGCACAGAAAUCACAAGGAUCUGACAACCUUCAAGAAGGCAAGGAAAAGAGCAAGAGAGACAUCCUGAAGUGCACCAAGAGCAUGUGGGCUCCACUGGAUGAGCGGCUACCCCCUGACCCUGAGGAGGAAAGCCAGGGUCCCACCAUCCCCAUGCUGGAAGAUUCCAAGCAAGAAAGUAUUCAGCAGUGGCUGGACUCUGGAUUCUUUGUCUCUGCAAAUGAAAACUGUCAACGAGUCAUUGACCGCACUGUUUCUUUGUGUGAACAAGGGAUGGUUCAAGUGACUGUGACAGACUACAUGAGAUCUUUGCAUCAGUUUUCAGAAACUCCCACCCUAUCCAGAGGGACCAGUUUCAACUCUUGCUAUUCUACUGCAAGUGUACCACAAAGUUAUGAAGUCACUGAAGUAAAAUUAUCUAAACUCUCCCAAAUAGGCUCAUUAGUGUUGCGUGUAAAGAAAAGGCAAACAAAAACUUCAACAAAAGAGCUGAGCAAACCUGGCCGUUUCCGACAGCUGGAAAUCCUGGACCAUGUGACCCAUGCCUUCUCAUCUUUGCUGAAUGAUGUCAGCAUCCUGCCAAACAGAGCUGAAGAGAAAGCUGGAGGAGAGAGUGUGCAAAGAACCUCAGUGAGUGCCACCAAAGAGCAUCGAAGAAGGAUAGGUAAACUUAUAAGGAGAGCUUCAAAACAGAACAUCAGGAGGGAUUGUUACCCAGAGGCAUCAGAGUCCUUCAAGAUGAAAGAUGAAGUUUUUAUCCCCUUUACAAAACCAUGGGAGUGUGGAGCAGAGCUAGCAGCAACCUCAAUCAAGCACAAGCAAAAUCAUUUGUCUCUGUCGGUAGAACAUCAGUCUCUCCAAGCCUGUGAUGAUUUGCUACCUUAUCCUCCCCGCGAUCUUCUGGGCAAGCAAUGGCCUUGCUCAUCUAUGCCAGCCAAGCAGAUUGCUCCUUCCUGUGUGUCUGAGGGGUCAGUCAAGGGCAAAACUCAGAAGGAGAACUUAUUUCAGACUAACAAGCUCAAGUGCUUCUCUCGUCUUGCGGGUAAAGGACCAGACUCGUUUGAAAUGGAAGAGGUCCAGAGCUUUGAAGAAGAGACUGGUAAUCCUCUUGACAUGACUUCAGGAACUGCAGGUGCCCGGGUGGACAGAGCAAAUAGCUGCCAGUCUGACAGCAGUGGGUUCCUGGAGGAGCCGCUGGAACCGCUGCCCCUCCAGAUGCCUUCCUUGCCAAGCAGCCAGAGUCCUGCUGAGAAUGGUGGUAGAAAACCAAGAGAUCAGAGUCACAGCGUAGGAUCAUCCCAGGACUGUCAACUACAGUCAGAUGGGCCAGAUUCCAAGAGUAGGGCGAGCGCAUCUUUUUCAAGCCAAGACACGAGUGCCUUGGAAGAAAAGGCCUCAGCAUCUGUGGUGGAGGAAGAGUUUCUGCUUGAGGCCACGGAGGAGCCACCAGAGCUGUAUAUCCCAGACAUGGCCUGUGCCAAGACCACCAUGAGGGGAGAACACCCAAGGAAAGACAGCCAUCUGCGGCAGCUUCUGCCAAUGUCCCACAAUGAAUAUGAGGUUACCGGAUCCACAGCCACUUCCAAAUAUGAUCAUCCUCUGGGGUUUAUGAUAACCCACAUCACAGAAAUGCAGGAUAGUUUUCUGAGGCCUGAGGGGGCUGGCGAAGUGCAAAGCCACCACUAUGAGUCUCAAAGAUCACCUGGAAAUGAUCAUACUCAAGACAAGUUCCUUCAUGUUGACUCUGAGGCCCCAAGAGAAGAGGAAAGCAGUGGACUCUGUCCUGACACCAACCACAGCUUACUGGCAUCAGAAAGCUCAUCACAGUGUGUCCCCAAGCACAAUGAAAUCAUACCUUAUGCAACUGACCUUGCUCAAACAUCUGAAAAGCCCAUUCUCCACCUCCAUAAACUCCCUGGAGAUCCUGCCCAGGUGAAGUCAAGGUCUUGUACUUUGGGUCAGAUACUACCUAGGCCAGAAGCUGAGAUGGAAAACCUUCCUCUAAAUACUGGCAACUCCAGGUCUGUAAUGACCCAGAUGUCCUCCAACCUGGUGUCGGCUGCUCAGGGUGCUGUGUCCUUGGGGACUGGUCCCAGAGGAACAUCUUUAGAAUGCACUAUAUGUGAUCCUGUUACCACAACAGAACCAAGACUAGGGACAGAAGCAAGACAGUACAAUGAUGCUUCCAUUCAGACUUUUGUAUGUGAGCCCAGGCCGUGGCAUUUCUGUUCAGUUCCAAGCAACAAGGCCUUGACACAUGGGCCCCAGCCCCUCACCAAAUCCGUCUCUCUAGACUCAGGCUUCCCUAGUAUCUGCCCAUUGGGCACCUGCCAUGCUAUACCCGCCCACUGCUGCAUCUGCUGUCAUCACCACUCCCACUGCCACUGGGAGAGGCAAAGCCCUGGCCUUGAACCCUCAGUCUGUAGGCACUCCCUCUGCUCACUCACUGGUCACCGGGAAGCCCAGUUCAUGACGACUUUGAAAGCCCUUCAGGACACUACAGUGAGGGAGCUAUGUUCCUGCACAGUCCAUGAGAUGGAAGCCGUGAAGACGAUAUGCCAGAGUUUCCGGGAGUAUUUAGAGGAAAUUGAACAGCACCUUAUGGGACAGCAGGCCCUCUUUUCCAGGGACAUGUCAGAGGAGGAAAGGGAGGAGGCCGAGCAACUGCAAACGUUACGUGAGGCCCUGAGGCAGCAGGUGGCAGAGUUGGAAUUUCAGUUAGGAGACCGGGCUCAGCAAAUCAGAGAAGGGAUUUUACAGCAGCUGGAGGUUCUCACAGCAGAGCCACCUGAACACUACUCAAAUCUGCAUCGAUAUAACUGGAUAGAAGAAAGCAAUGGCCAGACUUCAUCUUCUAAAAUCCACCCAGGCAUGGCCCCAAGGACUGUCUUUCCUCCCAGUGAUGGCCAGCAGGCUCCCUGUUCAGGUGGGACCCAGUUGGCUGCCUUCACUCCACCCACCUUGGAGAACAGCACCAGGAUGUCUCCUUCAUCAUCAGCUUGUGCAAAGUUAGGUCCAACCCCUUUGUCAAAUUGUCCUGUUGGAGAAAAGGAUGCAGAUGUCUUCCUCUAGAUCAGAGCAGGGAGAAGAAAAACAACAUAGAGUUGUUGGACAGAAUAAAUACAGUGAAUCCCGUGCAGUAUUUAAUCCAAUGCCCAUCGCAUAGUAAGUGCUCAGUGCAUGUUGGCUGUUAUUACAAGUGCACGUACCAAUAACUCAAUAAAUGCUAACUGU